GUUGCUUCAUUUUCUGUUUCUGUUUUCUUGGUGGCAGAGAGUCUAGUUGAUUCUAAUAGUGAUGAAUCAGAUUCAGAUCAGUCUGAUGUUCCAGAGCUGGACUCUGAAAUUGAACAAGAAACACAGAUCACCUAUCGUCGACAGGUUUACAAAGAAGAUCUACCUCAACUUAAAGAGCAAUGCAAAGAAAAAAGAAAAAGUGCAGCUUCUAAAAGACGAGAGCGAGCUCCAGGGAACAGUAUAAGAUUACAUUUUGUUCAUGGUUACAGAGGUUACGACUGUCGAAGCAAUUUAUUUUACACUCAGACGGGUGAAAUUGUAUACCAUGUUGCAGCAGUAGGAGUGGUGUACAAUCGACAGCAGAACACACAGCGCUUUUAUCUAGGUCAUGAUGAUGACAUUCUUUGCCUUGCUAUUCAUCCUUUAAAGGACUAUGUGGCAACCGGCCAGGUUGGUCGAGAUUCCUCAAUACACAUUUGGGACACAGAAACAAUAAAACCACUCUCAGUAUUAAAGGGCUAUCACCAGUAUGGUGUUUGUGCUGUUGAUUUUUCAGCGGAUGGGAAACGAUUGGCUUCUGUUGGAAUAGAUGACAAUCACGCCAUUGUACUCUGGGAUUGGAAGAAAGGAGAAAAACUUUCAGCAGUAAGGGGAAGCAAAGAUAAGAUUUUUGUUGUUAAGAUUAAUCCUUAUAUGCCUGAUAAAUUGAUUACAGUUGGAAUUAAACACAUGAAAUUCUGGCGUAGAGCAGGCGGAGGACUAAUUGGGAGAAAGGGCUCCAUAGGUGCCUUGGGAAGAACCGAUACAAUGAUGUGUGCAGUAUAUGGCUGGACUGAAGAGAUGGCGUUUUCUGGAACUUCCACGGGGGAUGUGUGUAUUUGGAGAGAUGUGUUUCUCAUAAAAACUGUCAAAGCACAUGAUGGUCCUGUGUUCAGCAUGCACGCAUUGGAAAAAGGAUUUGUCACGGGAGGAAAGGAUGGGGUAGUAGCUCUCUGGGAUGAUACCUUUGAACGUUGUCUCAAAACGUAUGCUAUCAAAAGGGCUGCUUUGGCCCCUGGGUCUAAAGGUCUCCUCUUAGAAGAUAAUCCUUCUAUACGUGCCAUAUCUUUAGGACAUGGUCAUAUUUUAGUGGGCACAAAGAACGGUGAAAUAUUGGAAGUGGAUAAAAGUGGACCAAUAACUCUGCUGGUUCAG